ACCAAAGCACGGUAGGAAACGGAGUUGUGGUGCGCCAGCUGGAUUGGUGGCGGAGGAGGGGCAAAAUGCUCCUAAUAUGUUAGCGCAUCCACCCUCUGGGCUCCAGCGCGAGCUCCUCCUUGUUCCCUACUUAGACAGUGUGUAGCUUAUUCAGAGUACGUGCACGACACGGCGACCCCCGCGGCCAACUGCCAGAGCGCGCGCUGGGCUCUGCCAAUCAGCUUCUUCCUCCGUUCCUUGGCAGGUGGCGCGCGUCUGUUUCAGACUCUGGUCCAAGAGCAACAUUUGCAUUCCUGGCCAAAGUCCGCGGAGGGUCCUAGUGAGCUCAGCUCGGUCUCAUCUUCCAUCCGUUCUGUCGGAAAAGUGGUUCUUAUUGUGACGCCCGGAUACUUUGCUGGCUGGCUUUUAGAACUGAAACCUGAGGCAUCAUGCAGGGCUCCAAGAAACUAGUGAACACAAUUCUGAGUUGUGCAGAUGAUUCAUUGGCUGGAAUAGUCGCAUGCAAUCCUAAUCUUCAACUUCUAAAUGGGCAUAGAGUGGCACUACGUUCUGACUUAGAGAACAUAGAGGGGAAAGUUGCACUUAUUUCUGGCGGUGGAUCAGGACAUGAGCCUGCACAUGCAGGAUACAUUGGAAAAGGAAUGCUCACUGCAGUGGUCGCUGGUCCAGUAUUCACUUCCCCUGCAGUGGGUAGCAUUUUAGCAGCAAUUCGGACUGUGAAACAAGCUGGAGCAGUUGGGACAUUGCUAAUAGUGAAGAACUAUACAGGAGACCGUUUAAAUUUUGGGCUGGCAUUGGAACAGGCACAGGAAGAAGAGAUCGCUGUGCAGAUGGUGAUAAUUGGUGAUGACACUGCCUUUGCCACCAAGAAGAAGACUGGCAGGAGAGGCCUAUGUGGCACAGUGCUUGUACAUAAGAUGGCUGGAGCGUUAGCUGAGGCAGGUGUUGGUCUGAAUGAAAUUGCUCGUAGAAUUACUACUAUUGUAGGAGCAAUGGGCACUCUUGGGAUAAGUCUGUCCCCUUGCAGUGUCCCGGGAUCCAGACCAACCUUCCAACUUGCAGAUGAUGAACUUGAGCUGGGUUUAGGAAUCCAUGGGGAAGCAGGUGUGCGCAGAGUGAAGAUGACAACAGCACAUCAGAUAGUCAACAUAAUGUUGGAUCACAUGACCAACCCUUCCAAUGCCUCUCAUGUGCAGCUCAGGCCUAAUUCUUCUGUGGUCUUGGUAGUGAACAACCUGGGUGGAUUAUCCUAUCUUGAGUUGAAUAUAGUAGCUAGAUCUGCUAUUUGCUCUCUUGAGAGAAGAGGUUUUCAUAUCGCCCGGUGUUACGUUGGUUCCUUUAUGACUGCAUUGGAAAUGGCAGGUGUCUCCCUUACCCUUCUCCAAGUGGAUGAAGAACUCUUGUUCCUCCUUGAUUCAGAUACUACAGCUGCUGCCUGGUCAAAACCUGUCAGGAUGUCUGUGACAAGAGAGAAAAGAGAGAGGCCAGCACCCAAAGUGUGUCCUAAAGAAGAAGGGCCUGAGCCAACAAAAGUGCCAUCUUCUCCUCACAUGAGAUUGAUUCUGGAGUGUGUGUGCUCUAAAAUGCUUAGCCUACAGGAGCAACUCAAUGAACUUGACCGUGCUGCAGGUGAUGGAGAUUGUGGAAACACACAUGCACAGGCUGCCAUUGCAAUCCAGAAUUGGCUAGAUGCUAAACCGCUGCCUCAGCGACCUUCCCAACUGUUCUCUUCACUAGCCAAGUUGCUCCUGGAAACGAUGGGAGGCUCUUCAGGAGCGCUUUAUGGAUUAUUUCUGACAGCAGCUGCUCAGCCUCUACGGACUGAUGAUGACUUAGCAGCCUGGUCCUUAGCUAUGGAUGCUGGAAUCAGUGCUAUGAUGCGAUAUGGAGGAGCUGUACCAGGAGACAGAACCAUGCUGGAUUCACUCUGGGCUGCUGCAAAAGAACUCAAAGCUUUGAAGACCCCAAAGGCUGAUCUGAUGGAGGUUCUGUCCAAGGCUGUAAAUAAGGCAGAGGCUGCUGCUGAAUCUACAAGGAAUAUGGAAGCUUCCGCAGGCAGAGCAAGUUAUAUCAGUUCAUCUCACCUAGAACAGCCUGAUCCUGGUGCUGUAGCAACUGCGGCCAUUCUCCGGGCAGUGUUGGAAGGGUUACAGGCUAAACCAUAGUAACUUCAUGAUAUUCUUCCUUAAUAGAAAUCAUAUUUUAAUACUAGCUUAAAUGUCCCAUCACUAUUCUAUCCCUGCUGUGCAGGCCUUACUAAACCCUGGUACUUUUGGCAUGACAAGGUUUAUUUUAACUUACAAAGCUUUCUUGCACAUCAUUUGGUGGUGUUCUUGAAAUGUCAUGCUUGAGAACCGAGUUAUGUUUGUCUGGGGUCUAUGUUUUUUUCAUGCUUUUUGGAUUUUGGUGAUUGCAGGAUCCUCUUUUCAAGUUGUUCAAGUUGUUUUUAUGUACUGCAUUUCUUCGCUGUAUACAAGAGGUGUUUUAAGUUUUGCUGAAGUUAUGUAAUGGUACAUUCAAACAAUAUUGUAGCAAUAUAGCUUGAACAACUAAGUAAAAUGUAUGCAAAGAUCUUCUAACUGUAGAUACCAGGUAUAUAAAUAUGCCAGAAACUUUAUAAAAUACUUCAUAAACCACGAUUAAUAGUCUGGAUUUUUUUAAAAAAAAACAACUGGAGCUGUUGCAAUUAAUACAUUUGUUCCUUCUCUGUUGAUUUCGCAUAGAGAUCUCACUUGCCACUGAAUGAAACAAGAUUCUUGACUAGUUAAUCGCAUUCCCUGACCCAGGAGCACAGAAAGCCCAUAAUUUCAUAAGUGCAAUCAUCACAUUUGUUAAAACUACUUCAUAUUUCUUUGUAUGCAAUAUAGCUUUUAUAAAUAUGGAAUACAUCAAUCUAACUUAGCUUUAUAUAUGUAGAUGCUGAGAAGAAUAUUGCUAUAUAAUCAUAAUUGAAAUAAUCUGCCUUUUAGCCUUGGCAGUAACUCACCAUUCUCAUAGUUACAGUAUCCUCUUUGGGUACAAGGGAUCAUAAAUCUAGAUCAGGAUUUUUGAACUGCCUACCCUCUGGGCAAUAUGCUUUAGCUGUUAAUACAACCAAUUAAAAUGUACCCCGCUAGAAAUGUUUAGCUAGUACCUAGAUAACAUGAAAGGAAGCUUGGCAACCAGACCUCUCUUUCAGGAACGUCAUAAAUGGGAUUAUUUACAGGUGAGUUUUUCAAGAUUGUCUCUUUUGCUUCGGAUGAUAGUAAAGAUUCAUCUUUAUAGAAUUUAGCAUCCUUAAAGCUGGGACUUAAGCACUUU